AUGGCUGAAGACGAAAAGAGAAAAUAAUAAAGGAGUAUAGUAUAGUCAUAAUAGCAUCACUCAUAACAGUAAACAAUGGCGUCUUCACAAUAGCAACAACCAAGUCAGGGAAUCAAUACCUCCCAAAAUUAGAAUCAAUAAUAAAAUUCGCAGUCUCAGGUUUCAAAUAGAGUUGAGAAUCCACAAGCAUCUGAUAUAGGAAAGUGGUGGCCAGUUUUUGGCAGAAAAAAUAGUGGAUCUUCAAGCACAUUUUGGUUAAAAAAUCCCAAAAAGCUCACAUUAGAUGAGCUUGAUAUGGAGUAGGAAGAAAAUGUUUUUAGAAGUAAGUUAAAUCAGGACGAUACAGGUACAGGGGACGAAGUUAUUUAAAGUAUAAACGAUGGUCCUUUGAGUGUGACAUUAAAUCGUAUCAGUAAAAAAACAAAGGUAUCUAAAGAAUACCUUUAUUCCCUCAAGGGAAAAUUUUUGGUUUACUACAAGAACAAAAAUGACACUCAUUUCAAAGGUUUCAUUAAAUUAGGUUAGGAAAUUGUCAUUGAAAAGAAGAAUUUACAAGGUAAAAACGGUGAUAUUUAUUACAUUGAAUUCCUCAAAGACGGCAACGUCCGUAAAUUAUACUCAAAAGAGUAAGAUGUUGUCAAUAGGCUUUUCUAAGCGAUACGUGGCAAGUGUAUUAUUUAAAAUUUCCGUGAUAAUUAUAAAAAGCUAGAGCCAUUGGGUUCCGGUUCUUUUGCAAGCGUAUUUAAGGUGCAGAGAAUUUAAGAUGGAAAAAUAUUUGCAGCUAAAGUUAUUAAAAGAGCGAAGCUUGAAGAAAAUAAAUACAAAGAUAAAUUUGUGGCAAUGUUGCUCAAUGAGUACAGGGUUCUAUCAGAGUCAAAACACAAAAAUAUUAUUUAAAUGGAAGAAAUAUAUCAAGACCACGAUCAGCUUGUUUACAUCAUGGAGUUUUUAGUGGGAGGUGAAGUUUAUUCCAGGCUUCGUUAAGUAAAGAGAUUCUCAGAAGAAGUAGCAGCUGAAAUCUUAAAAAAUCUGACUGAAGGUCUACUUCAUAUUCAUAAUAAAAAAAUAGUGCACAGAGAUUUGAAAUUAGAAAAUAUUUUAUUUGUGAAUAAAACUGAUAACGAUUGUAAACUUAUAGAUUUUGGAUUUGCUGAAAAAAUUAAUUACGAAAAACUUGAAAGUAGGGCAGGUACGCCAGGAUUUUUACCUCCUGAGCUGUUUAAAUUAGGCCCAUAUACUGAAAAGGGAGACAUAUUUAGUUUAGGAGUUAUACUAUAUUGUCUUGUUAGUGGUUGCUCUCCUUUUAAGGGUAAGACUUAUAAAGAUGUGCUUGAAAACAAUAGGAGAUGUGCUAUUUCGUAUGACUAACCAGUCUGGAAUAAAAUUUCAGAUGAAUGCAAGCACCUGAUCCGCAGAAUGGUUGAAGUUGAUCCUAAAAAGAGAUAUGCUUGCAAUGAUAUUUUAAAAUCCAAAUGGAUGAAUAAAUAUUUCCCUAAUUCUCCAUAACAUAGUUAAAAAUCUUUAACAACAAAUAAAACUGGUAAAACAAAUAGAAAAAAACACAUGAGAGAAUCAAGUCUGUCUAAAAACUCACUGCUUGAUGACGAUCUAAAAAAAUCUAUUGGAAGCAAAGCUUCAGGAGAAAGUGUAGAGUUCAAUACAAGUACAAUAAUAAAUAUGCACAGCGAUAAUCCAAAGUCGUUUUAUAGAAAAAGUAUGCGUUCUCUCAAAUCAAUAAAAUCUUUAAAAAGCCAUUUCUCACAUAAAACUGUCAAGUCUCAUAGCUCUUAUUCCUCAACUGAUAGUCUGGAUGCUCCUUCAUCGAAUUAAGAUUUAAAUAAAGCCCUCUGCGAUAAUUACAAAGGUAAAAACUUUGAUAAUAAUGUUGCAAAAUUUAAAGAAGAUAUAAAUAACUUUUGUGAUAUCGACGAAGACGAGUCAAGCAAUUUAAAUUAAAAAAUUUCAAAUCUUUUUACGCCCAGUAAGAAAUUCAUCCAUCCACUUACUCUAGCUGCCUCUAAGAAAUCAAACUUUUAAAGCAUUUAGUGA